GUCUAUUCUAUGAAGCAAAGGCGAAAAUGGAGGCGAGUUAGGAAGGCCCCUCAGGCCCCUCAGGUCACUGAGAUGGAUGAGGUUCCGCGGCCUGAUUGGGAUUCAUUUGAAACCAUUCUCUCCAAUUUCAUGGAGAAUCCAGAAGAGGCAGGCUUCAUCUUCAGUAUAAUGAUACAGGUGGAUCCAGACUCCGUGGUUCUUAAGAUUGCUAACAGUCUUGGCACUGUCCAUAACACUGAUCAGUCGCGUGAGUUUAAUGUUGCCCUUCUGACAAGGUUACUUACUAACCAGGACUUAGGUACUAAUUGGAACAAUCUGUCUGUGUCAAGUCAAUCCACUCUUAAGUGUGUUCUCCUCGAUCGUAUCAUGCUUGAAGAGUCAAAAGCGAUCAUCACUAGGCUCUGUGACAUUGUUUCCGAUUUAGCUGUUUCACUUCUCCCAGAUAACAACUGGCCUGAAUUACUACCAUUCUUACACAAAUGUCUCACGGAUUCUACUUCAAACAGUUGCUCAAGACUGUCUGCUUUCUUGCUAUAUGCGCAACUAGCUGACAAAACUGGCGAAACAGUAGUUGGUUGCGUGAAAGAUUUGCACUCGUUAUUCCUUAAUACACUGAAUAAUGAUGAUACGCUCAAUGAUCUUGAUGUGAGGAUCACUGCCACGAUGGCUGUGAUCAGAUUC